GCGGUCAGAUUCGUCCACUACGAAUGGAGGACGCAAGGGCGACAGGUAUCACUGCUGCUGUUUAAAACAAGAGAGGAAACACGUUGUUCAUGGCAAGAUCGACACGUGUCAGCCUGCAGCAUCUGCGUUGGCCAAGAACACUGCUGCAACCUACCAGUAGUACCUGCUUUACACCGGCGUUUUUCGGAAAUGACAAUGACAACCGCUUUCGUUCUGUGAAGGAUUGUCGUCGGGGGCUUUGGGGGGCCUUGUGGCGGUCGGGAUCGCUCUCUUUGCCUUCGUCUGUAUCUGACCAUGGAGCAUCGCCAGAAGGCGAUCUGUCUGUUUCUUGGCAUCUCUCUUUUCUUUGCGGGAGGUGUAUUACACCUGUGCCGACAACACCCAUCAAAGUUCAUAAAUGAAAAGAGGACUCAUGUGGGAGCUGUGCGGAGGUUUCGGCUGGGAGAGGACACAUUUUUCCUGGAUGGGAAGCCUUUGCAGAUUGUUAGCGGCUCAAUUCAUUACUUCAGAAUUCAUCCAGAGUAUUGGAGGGAUCGCCUUAUGCGGGUCAAGGCAUUGGGAUUAAAUACGAUUCAGUUCUAUGUUCCGUGGAAUUUCCAUGAGCAGAAACGUGGAAAUGUUCGAUUUGACGGGUGGCAGGACUUUCCAAAAUUCUGCAGGAUUGCUCAGGAAGUAGGCCUUCUGGUGAUGUUACGACUUGGUCCUUAUGUGUGUGGAGAGUGGGAAUUUGGAGGUUUUCCUGAAUGGCUUCUCACGGAGAAUGUUGAGCUGCGUUCUUCUGACCCUGCAUAUUUACGUCUGGUUGAUGAAUGGUGGGAUCACCUUCUUCCUGAAGUUGUUCCUCUUCUUUACAAAAAUGGAGGACCCAUCAUAAUGGUCCAGGUGGAAAAUGAGUUUGGUGCAUACAGACCUAGUAAGAAUGAAAGUCAGUAUCUGAAGCACCUGGUCAACAGAGCCAAGGCUGCACUUGGCAACGAUGUUGUAAUCUACACCACAGAUCAGCCGCCAAGCAUAACAUUCGGAAGUCUUCCAGGAGGCAGUGUCUAUUCAGCUGUUGAUUUUGGCAUGUAUCAAGACUCUGCUGCAGCCUUCAAGAUUCAGAAGGACUUCAACGCACCAGGGCCCUCACCCCCCAUGAACACGGAGUAUUACACAGGGUGGUUCACAUGCUGGAAGGAUCCAAUAUCAAUUACAGAUUUUUCAAUCCUCGCAAAAGGAUUGAUCGGUGUUUUCAAAAUGAAUGCAUCCGUCAGCUUCUACAUGGCCCAUGGUGGAACCAACUUUGGCUACUGGUCUGGUGCCUAUGGUUCGGAAACAAAGUUUGCAACGGACAUCACAUCAUAUGAUUAUGAUGCGCCCAUAAGAGAGGAUGGAGACCUUAGACAACCCAAGUUUGAUGGUGGGUUUCAACCCGUUCUUGUUGACAUUUGAACUCUCUGUGACUACAACUUUGGCUUUCCUCACCUGGGAUGCGGGAUUCACUGCCUUGUCUCCUGGCCACCACUCCUACCUCCUCCACCUCCUGCCCCUCCUCCUCCUUCUCCUUGUCCUCGUGCUCGUCCGCCUCCUCCUCCUGUUGCUGUUGCAUUAAGCAGU